AUGCCCGCGCCGCUGCCGCCCACGCAGCUGUACCCGUCGGAGCGCGUCGUGGUGCUGCUGUCCUGCGCGCUCUCCUUCGUGGGCUCCAGCCUCCUGGUGGGCACCCAUGCCCUGUGGCCCGAGCUGCGCAGCCGCCCGCGCCAGCUCCUGCUCUACCUCUCGCUGGCCGACCUCCUCUCGGCCCUCUCCUACUCCUACGGGGUGCUGCAGGACUUCAAGAAGACCUCGUGGGACUGCGUGCUGCAGGGCGCCCUCUCCACCUUCUCCAACACCAGCUCCUUCUUCUGGACCAUGGCCAUUGCCCUCUACCUCUACAUCACCCUCGUGAGGGGCUCGCCCACGGGCACGGGCUUGCUCUGCUGCUUCCACGUGGUGAGCUGGGGAGUCCCCUUGGGCAUCACGGUGGCUGCCGUUGCUCUGAAGAAGAUCUGCUACGACGCUUCCAACGUUUCUGUUGGCUGGUGUUGGGUCGACCUGGACGCCGAGGACCGGGUCUUGUGGAUGCUGCUAACGGGGAAGGUUUGGGAGAUUUUGGCCUAUGUGACUUUGCCGGUGCUCUACAUCCUCAUCAAGAAGCACAUUAACAGAGCGCAUGCAGCCCUGUCAGAGUAUCGCCCCAUCCUCUCAAGUGCACCUGCAUUUCAGCCCCGGACUUCCAUAGCAGAUAAGAAGUUGAUUCUUAUUCCCGUCAUCUUCAUCGUCCUCCGCAUCUGGAGCACCGUGCGGUUCAUUCUGACACUCUGCAACUCCCCUGCAGUGCAAAAUUCGGUCCUUGUUGUCCUGCAUGGAAUCGGUAACACGUUCCAAGGAGGCGCCAACUGCAUCAUGUUUGUGCUCUGCACGCGCGUGGUCCGCGCGCGGCUGCUCUCCUCCCUGUGCUGCUGCCACCACGACGGCUCGAGCUGGUCCUGGCACAGGUCCGACAGCGAGCGGCAGCACCCGGAGCGCUGCAGGAACAGGGAUGCGCUGGACCCCGAGCGGACGAGACCGCUGCUCUCCAGCACCUGA